AUGCCGCUGUUCGUUCUGCAGGUAGCUCGGCAACUACAUGCCCUUUGGGUUCCUGUGCUGUUUGGUAGCAUCAGUGCAGGGAUCAGAACUACGAAUCUAUCCUAUCUUGGCUUGAAUUUCUUUGCUCAGCAACACACCGACUUGAGGCCGGAAGACAUACGAUGUGAGGACACGCCUGAAGCACCAUACUGCCAGGCUGCCAUCAACGACAACCUCUUCUGGGCCACCACCAUAGGUGCGAUUGGCUCCCUCCUUCACUUCGUUCUCGGGCCCUUCCUUGGGGCACUCAGCGACUCCAUCGGACGACGUCCGGUGAUCCUGCUUUGCAGUCUCCUCGGGUACCCAUCUUUGGUGUCGCUGGCGCUUUUCGUUUACAGAAACGUCAGCAUGUACUUUACUUUUGCGCUUAUGCCGCUGGGAGAACUGCCUGUCCUUGCAAUAUGGUUCGCCUUCAUCGUCGACCUCAUUGAGGACAAUCGCGACAGCAGUGUGGCCUUCGGUCUUGUGAGUGCUGUGGCGCUCCUGUCCACGAUGCUGGGUGCGGGCAUUGGGGCAUUCCUCUCAAUGAAAUCAGGCGUGGCUGCUAUGAUCUUCUUCGACAUGGGCAUUCUUUUGCCAUACCUUGCAGGGACACUGGUACCUGCCAAGCGGCAAGCCAUGCAGUGGCGUGCAGCCGCACCGGGGCUUGGCUUGAGCAUUCUGGUUCGCCGGGCGCCCAAGCAAGUGAAUGAUUGUGCAUCCCAACGAUUUCAUGAGACUGGUGUUUGUGAUGUGGAGCAAUGUGGAAGAGAGGUCAUUGGUAGCACUUUCAUUGGCACUGGAUUCCAGCGUGUGAGCUCCAGUUUCUUGCAGAAAUACAUUCGAUGGCCAAAGCAUUGCAACAAUGUGGCAAUCAUUAUCGGUGGAGCAUCAUCCAUCGUUUGGACGGGAUUUGGUCUUUCCAUCACUUCCAAGAUCAUGGGCGAUGUGGGAUCACUAGGCCUGGCCCUUUGGGCUGGGGCCUUCUACAUGUUGUGCUUCGCCUUCAUCACCACGCAGUGGCACGUCUAUAUCCUCAAUGCCGUGCUUCUGGGGCCACAAGCUCUGGCUUUCCCAGCCACUUCCGCGAUCAAGAGUCGGCUGGUGGCUGAAAGUGAGCAGCUUGCCAUCGCUGGGCGAAGGGCUGGGGGUUGA